AUGUUGUCUUUAAUCAAUUCUAUAAAAGUUUUAACUUUCUACGCCAUUAUGGCCGUCGGUGCCUUCUUUGGUGUUGUUUUCGCUCAAACGCCUGCUGUGCCUUUAAUAUUCUUCAAUCGACGUUUGUAUUUUCGAUGGUGUUCGACGGCCAUGGGUUACUACUUGCUAAUGGUCACUUGCCUUUUGGAAGAUUUAUUAGGAAUUAAGAUUGUUGUGACUGGUGAUGACCUAACUAACGAUAAAAAACGUUCAUUAAUCAUAUUAAAUCAUCGAACAAGACUCGACUGGAUGUUCAUUUGGAUGGUACAUAGUCGUUUUGAAAUUUUGGAACAAUUGAAAAUCGUUCUCAAAGCCAGCCUCAAACAUAUCCCUGGUCCAGGUUGGGCUAUGCAGCAUGCAGCUUAUCUGUUUCUGGACCGUGCCUGGGAAAAAGAUCAAGUCACAAUAAAAAAUCUCAUGGGAUACUACAAAUCAUGUCAAUCACCGCUUUCUUUGUUAAUCUUUCCGGAAGGUACCAAUUUUACAUCGGAUGCAAAAGACAAAAGUAAUAUAUAUGCUGCGAAACAAUCGGCUUUCAAUCGACCGUAUGAAUAUUGUCUUCACCCACGUUUAAAUGGAUUUAUCUUUCUUUUGAAAACAAUGCAAUCAGAGGAUAUUCUCGAUUCAGUCGAUGAUGUAACUGUAGGUUAUGAAGGGUACAUUCCAGAACGAGAAAUUGAUUUAUUGAAUGGUUACAUUCCCAAACAAGUUCAUUUUCAUAUCAAACGUUAUAUGAUCAAAGAUUUGCCUAAAACCGACGAGGAAAUCGGUCGAUGGCUGGAAAACUGCUGGGAUGAGAAGGAAACUCGUUUGAAAGAAUUUAGUCAAACUAAUCAAUUCGAUGCGCGAUCAAAACGAUUCAAUGACGAAACUGUUGAAUCGAAAAUACGUUUUAAACGUCGUUCAGUCUUUCUACUCUGGUGUUUAUUUAUUCUCUUCUGGUCAUACUGUACAUAUGCAUAUAUCAAAAUCAAAUUCUAUGUUUUAUUAGUCUGUAUAUUUCAUUCAAUAAUGGAUUCAUUUGCUAAUGGUUUAAUUGACUUUGUUUGUCAACUCGAUGCUAAUUAUCGACAACAUGAACUUGAACGAACAAAAAAACAAGCAAUCAAACAAGACUGA